GUCACAGAUUAGUUAAUCUGUGGUUUGCUUGUUUGUUUUUGUUCAAUGUACUCUAUGUUUUUGUUGUUUUCUUGAAACAUAAGUAGGGAGGGGGAAAUUCAUAAUUUUAACUUUUAGAUAAAAGAAAAGAAUACAAUACAAAUUACAAUGACAGUGAUAGAAGUUUGCAUCGACAGCUUAAAAUCAGCUUAUAAUGCAAUCAAUGGUGGUGCAGAUGAGUUGGAGCUAUGCAGUUCCCUGGUAGAAGGCGGGCUUACUCCUUCGCCAGGUCUAGUAGUAGAAGUUGUUAAGUUGGUAAAUAGUAAAUUCUAUGCAGAUAACUCCAAAAAGCCAAAAGUAAAUAUUAUGAUAAGAUGCCGGGGAGGAUCAGAUUUUUGUUACUCAGAAGAUGAAAUGAAAACAAUGCUUUCUGAUAUUGAAGUUUACAAAAGUUUCCAGGUUGACAGAUUCGUCUUUGGAGCUCUAACUGACAAACAGGAGAUAGAUAGGACAAACUGUUCCAGAAUUAUAGAGAAAGCAUCUCCAUUACCUGUGACUUUUCAUAGAGCUUUCGACCUAACUAUAGAUCCUAAAAAAGCUAUAGAAGACAUUAUAAAUCUUGGUUUCAAUAGACUCUUAACUAGUGGGAAACAAAGUUCUGCCGAUAACAAUACAGCAAUAGAACUUCUUACUUUUCUACUAGAAAAUUUUGGUAAAAACAUUGAAAUAAUGCCCGGUGCUGGUGUUAAUUGUGACAAUGUGCACAUAUUUGGUAAGAUUGGAUUCAAAAUUAUUCACAGUUCGUGUAAAAAAACUAAACAUUUACCUGAAAUAGGUAAUUUGUGCAUGGGCAGUAAUAUACUUUAUGUGACUGAUGAAGAUUUAGUACGGAAGAUGAAGAAAAUUGAGCCUUGCUCCAGAAAUUAAAAGCUCCAAAACUGAAAAAAGAAUAAUACCCAAUAAUGUGCCAGGGGAACAUCUGUCCAAUGAUAGAUAAUCAAGAUGACCCUGGCGUAAACUCGGAUUUAGAUGCCCUACAUGCGGGAAAACUUACAAGAGACUACCAGAGAGAGAAAGCCUGGUACCAGAAACAUUUUAUGACACAAUGGUGUUGAAGCACGACAGCCAUCGGUCAGUUCUUUGACUAACACUGCAGAUAGAGUUGACAUAUAUCCCAAAGUGAGCCAAUGUGUCAAAACUGGAAAGAAUUUGGCGGUACUAUUUGGAGCAUCCAGGAUCCAAACAAGACCUUAAUAGCCAAGUUUUUACUUUCCAGGACUCUAUUCACACUUAUUUUUUUUGGAACAUUACCUACCACUAAAUUGUUAACAUCCCGAAGGACCACAGUAUUAAAGUGAAUUAAUAUUAUGACCUAACAAAUGAACUAACUAAAAAAUGGCUAUCUAUGUCGUUAAUUUGUACGCCGUAGAAGAGAGGUGCGAGAGGAUUACCAGCAAAAUCUCUCAAUAACUUGCUUAAAGUCCUUGGCCUCUCUAGAACUGCAGCUAGUUCUAUAUUAGAACGGGUAUCCAAAGCUGCUCUAAUAGGAUCUUACUAAAUUUGGCGGCAGGGAGACCAACAUGAGCGGAGGAGGGGAGUGUUAAUCUAUUGUCAAAGAAUUCCUUAACCCUACAUCGAAUGGCCACAAGUCCUGGACUUCGCUUGGAGAUUUUUCUCUACCACGCGAUAGACCCGCACGGUGAAUUCAUGGAUUGCUAAAGAUAUUCGUCUCUCUACUUAAUGGAGCUGUUUAUUUACUUAAGGUAAAAAGAUAAUUUACAGAAUGAAUUCUGAAUAAAACUUGUAAAGAAAAAUA